GGAAGUAGGGCGGGGUUAGCCGAGGUGGAAUCUGGUACCCCAGGACUGCUGCGACCCAGACUAACCAACCCACUGGGAGAGAUGCCUGGGGGUCCUGGAGUCCUCCAAGCGCUGCGCGCCACCAUCUUUCUCCUCUUCCUAAUCUCUGCUGUUGGCCUGGGCCCCGGGUGCCAGGCCCUGUGGGUGGACGGGGGCCCGCCCUCGGUGACCGUGAGCCUGGGCGAAACGGUCCACCUGCAGUGCUUGCACAACGGCAGCAGGCCCGACAGCACCCUCAACAUCACCUGGUGGCGCGUCAUCCAAGGCAACGGCACCUGGCCCGACAUGUUCUGGAGCUAUGGCCAAAAGCCCCACGGUGAGCUGACCAUCCACAUGGUGAACAAGAGCCACAUAGGCAUGUUCAGGUGCCAGGUGGAGGAGAAAGGCCCCAGCCAUAAAGUCCUCAGCUUCCAGCAGUCCUGCGGCACCUACCUCCGCGUGCGCGAGCGGCUCCCCAGACCCUUCCUGGACAUGGGAGAGGCCACCAAGAACAACAUCAUCACAGCCGAGGGCAUCAUCCUGCUCUUCUGCGCCGUGGUGCCUGGGACCCUGCUGCUGUUCAGGAAACGAUGGCAGAACAUGAAGUUUGGGGUGGACACCCAGGAUGACUAUGAAGAUGAAAACCUUUAUGAGGGCCUGAACCUGGAUGACUGCUCCAUGUACGAGGACAUCUCCCGAGGCCUCCAGGGCACCUACCAGGACGUGGGCAGCCUCCACAUUGGAGACGGGGACGUCCAGCUGGAGAAGCCGUGACCCUGUGGGCUGCCCCCAGGCAGAUGUGCUGCGAGCUCUGGUGUCCCCUCACCCCUUCCUGUUCUCUUUUCAUAAUCUUUCCCGCCCCCCCCCCCGCGAGUGUCCUGACUGAACUUCCCCCUUGAGUGUGUCUGCUCUUCUUCCCUCUAGACUGUCCUCAUUCCCUGCACACACCCCAAUUCAGCCCUCCUCCUGCUGCUUUUCCCAGCCUCCCCCCACACCCAGCGGGUAAUGAGCCCUUAAUCGCUGCCUCUAGGGGAGCUGAUUGUAGAUCCUCCGUGUCACCUCCCCCUCCCUGCUCUGUCAUGGCCACUUAGUGAUAAUAAAUCCUU